AUGACUGAGACAUUUAAUGACUUAGCUACACUGAAAGAAUUUAGCGAGACCUAUCCACGAGCAUCAUGGUCUCCUGAAAUUUAUAAUAAAUACAAAAAAGUGUAUAAUAUUUAUUUGCACAGUGAUUUAGAUUCAGUUGAAGGUCGUGGAAUUUCAAUUACUGCUGCUAAAGCAUAUGCUAUAAGGAUGUAUUAUUCCAUCGUUUCUUCAAAAAAUAUGACGAACAAUUAUUAUGAACCAUCAGAUUAUUUAGGAAAUACAUCUCAUUGUGCUGAGGAUACUCAGCCAUCUGAUUGUUCCAAAAACGCAGAAUCAACGUCGUCAUCGACCGAAUGUCUAGAUCAUAUCGAUCAACAUUUUAAAAAUGAUAGAUUACGUUUACUGCGUGAUUUUGAAAAAUCAUAUAAUUUGCUAUGCCAUUGGUCUUCCAUUAAUAAUCAAUCAUCCAAUACAUGCAGUGCAAAGAUUGCAUUAAACAUAGGUGAUUAUAGAUUUGAAGGUAGUGGUCAUACAGAAGAUGAAGCUAAAUUAGUCGCAGUAAAGAAGUUCUAUUCAAGUCCCGUCGAUAACUUUUUUGAAAUAAGUAAUCAAAAUAAUGAAACUGAAACUCUAGUAACAUUGGAUAAUACACCAUCAAAUGACCAAGGAAAUAUAUCUCAUUGCGCAGAUACUAAACCAUCAGACGGCUGUGAUAAUCUGGUACCGAUGAAAAGUAGUAAAGAACCAGGAAUUUCUCCAUUUCUUCAAAAUUGCACCGAUGAGAAUAAUACAGCACCAUACACUUUUAUGGAAACUUACAAUCUACGAAAUAGUAUAUGGUCUCCUUUUUAUCUUGUAGGUAAACAACCUACAGUCAAUAAAAAUUUUAAGGUUAUUUUAAGGAUUGGUAGUAAGAAAUUUCAAGGUCAAGGUUUUAAAAAAUGUAAUGCUCAAUUGAAUGCAGUAAAAAAGUUCAAGAAUAAUAUUUUAUAUACUCAUAAAGAGAGUAAAAAAACAACUUUUAUAGAAAAUGUAAGGAUGAUUGGAAAUAAGUUGAAUAGUAAAGACAAGUCUUAA